AUGUAUUUCCCCUACUUAUUCAUAUAUUUAUAUAUAUUUACCCUUAUUCCAAAACUACAAGCAACAAAUAUUUCAAGAAAAUUUAGAUCUUAUAAUAAAAAACAACAUACAAUCCUAAUAGAAGAAUCUAAUAAAUCUAAAAUACUAUACCAAAAUAUAAAUAAUAAAAAACAUCUUAGAAAUACUAAAUCAGAAAGUUUUAUUACAAAUUUUGAACAACCAUCAAUAGAUAAAACAAGUAAUCCUAAAAUGCUACGUAGUAUCCAAUAUCUAAAUAUGGAUACUAUAAAACUAAACUUUCCAAAUACUACAAAUAUAAAUAUUUUACCUGAAAUAUCUACUUAUAAAAAAAAUACAACAAAAAAAAGUUGCAAAAAUCAAGAUUGUCAUCUAUACCAAAUUUUAGAUAAUGGUACAAUUCAAAGUAUACAAGUACUCCCCCCACCCCUUACUCUAUUAAAUACAACAAAUAAAAAAGUAAUAAAAAGGGCUCUGAGGAUUAAUAAUAUAAGUACAAGUAUUUAUGAUAAAAAAAUAUAG